CAAAACUUCUCUCGGUCUGGUGUGAAGUGUUUUUCAAUUCGCCCCGAAUUCACCACGAAAUAAUCAUGCCAGUUGUAAAAGCUAAGCAAUCAAAGGUUUGUAAGUGGACAAUUAUUGUUGGUUAUGAAAGGCGAUCUUUCAUAGAUAUAUGCCCCUUGGCGACAAGGGUGUAAUAGGUGUUUUAUCCUUUGGCGACAAAGGAAAUAGGGCGGUCGAACAAAUUCCUUUGGCGUCAAAGGAAAGAGUGUGGUUCUGGUGUUAUCCUUUGGCGACAAAGGAUAUAGGGCGGUCCAGGUGAAUUCCUUUGGUAAAAAAGGAAAGAGGGCAGUUCAGGUGUUUUCCUUUGGCAACAAAGGAAAGUUAAGCCCUUCACCAUGAAAUAGGAUGGCAAUGGAGAGACUGGGUGCGUGCCCAUGUCUGCAGGUCUUUGUAUCCCUUGGCGUCAGGGGAAGGUCGGUGGCUGAAGGGAAGGUGUGAUUGGCUAUAUAAUGGGUUCUCUUGACGUCAAGAGAAUAUCAAUAGGUAGAUGUCGCUCCAUAAUUCAGUGGCGAUCCUACUCGUAAGGAUCGAGGUAAUUGCCACGAGGUGGCAGGGUGAACCUUGGCGUCAAGGUUGAAGGACUGGUUGUGAUGGUACUCGACGGUCACUUCUGAUUCCCGAAGCCUUGUUCCUGCCAGAAAACUAAGGCUGAGCCUGCCAAGAAAUCCAAGAAGGCCCCACCAAAGAAAGUUGUCGAAGAGGAAUCGUCUGAAGAAGACAGCGAUGACUCUGAUGAGGAAAUGGCCCCAGCUCAACCAGUAAAGGCUGUCAAGAAACCAGCAAAGAUGGAAGUAGACAGUGAUGAGGAUGAAUCUAGUGAGGAUGAAAAACCUGCCAAAAAACGCAAAGCUGAAGCCAAGGCCCCCACUCCUAAAUCAAAGAAAGCCAAGAAGGAGGUGGCACCACCACCACCAGAAGACAGUGAUGACGAGUCUGAUGAAGAUGAUGAGAGUGAAGAAGAAGAAGAAGAAGUAAAACCUGCCAAAAAAGGUAAAGCCGCUGCACAACCAAAGAAGGCCGCACCACCAGCAGCCGAAGAAAGUGAUGAUGAUGAUGAAGACGACGAGUCUGAAGAUGAGUCAAGCGAGGAGGAAGAAAAACCUGCCAUGAAGCGUAAAGCCGCAGCCAAAGCUGCAGCUCCUAAAGCAAAAAAGGCAAAGACAGAAACACCACCAGCAGCAGACAGUGAUGAUGACGAUGAUGAUUCAGAAGAAGAUUCUGAUUCUGAAGAGGCUCCCGUUAAUGGAAAGAAAGCAAAAAAGGCUGAUUCUGAUGAUGAUGAUGAUGAUGACGAUGAUGAAGAAGAUAGCGAGGAGGAGAGCUCUGAGGAAAAGGAGGGGACAGAAUCAUCGGAAGAUGAAGAAGACUCUGACGAGGAGAGUGAAGAGGAAUCCGAGUCCGAAGAAGGAGAAACAGUUGUGCCCAAAAAGGCUAAAAAAUCUGAAAAACUUGCGAAAUCAAAGGAUAAUAAAAAAGAACAGGUUGAAGCCCAGAAAGUCACCUUAUAUGUUGGAAACGUGAAAGCUGAAGUUGAAGAAAAACAUCUCCUGAAAUUCUUCAAGAAGAACGACAUCGCAGUCGCAGCAGUGAGACGAUUGGAAGGCAAAAGGUUUGGCCAUGUUGACCUUGCAAAUGCCUCUGACCUUCCAAAAGCCCUGGCACUCAAUGGACAGGAACUUAAGGGUGAUGCCCUCAAAAUCGAAGAAUCCAGGGCCCCUGGUACGCCAAGAACUCCAAGUGCAGGUGUAGGUGGAGGUGGAGAUGGAGACGGUCAGCCUAAGAAGCUGUACAUCAAAAACAUCGGUGAGGAUGUUACAGAAACUAUGCUCGAUGAAAUCUUCCCUGGUUCUAACGAUAUCUUCAUACCAAAACGAGAUGGUGUACCAAAAGGGUUUGCAUACAUUCAAUUUGAUGAUCCUAAAGCUGUUGACAAAUACAUCAAGAGCAAGCAAGGUGUUGAAUUGAGUGGGGAGAGUCUGUUCUUGGAUGUUGCCACGCCAAAGCCCUCAACCCCAAGAGGUGGGCGAGGAGGCGGCUUCGGUCGAGGAGGCGGUUUUGGACGAGGAGGUGGUUUCGGCCGAGGUGGUGGUGGUGGGGAGAGAAGGUCAUUUGGAGAUCGUCAAGAACCUGCUGCGGGCGAGACUAGCACGAUCAUCGUCAAGAACCUCAGCUAUGACACAACAGAAAAUGGCCUCGGUUCUUAUUUCACUAACACAACAAGAUGUAAACUUCUGACAGAUAGGGACACUGGCCGAUCGAGAGGAAUGGCGUUCAUCAGUUUUCCAUCGCCUGCUGAAGCAACAGAAGCCCAUAAGUCCAUGAACAACUCUGAUAUUGAUGGCAGAAGUGUGCACAUCGGUUAUGCAAAUGACUUCGGUAGCUCUCCUGGUGGUGGGCGAGGAGGUGGAUUCGGAGGUGGCCGUGGAGGACGAGGUGGAUUUGGUGAUCGAGGUCGGGGACGUGGAGGAUUUGACAGGAGAGGAGGUGGUGGACGAGGGGGUCGGGGAGGUCGUGGUGGUGGUGCCAGUGCAGCUCACAAGGGCGCCAUCCAAGACUUUGCAGGAAAGAAGAAAGUGUUCAAUGACGAUGAUUAGAUUCAGAUAUUUCAAAGGACAUUUCUUGGAACAUUUGUGGAAACAAAGACAUAAACAUUGGUUGUGUGUGAUAAGUGUUGUUCUUAUGAACAUUGUCUGUGUUGUCAUUGACUGAGACUAGACUUUGGUAUUAUCAUGGACAAAAUGUUGUGAAACAUGACUUUUCCAAACAAAAAAAUUGUAAAUCUAAGAAAAACUCUAGUUUAGGAGAUGGUCUCAUCAUAUCGCACGAGUCACCUUGUUCUCAACAUUCCAACCAAAAUGUUUGUUUUAUUUUCUCGAGUCAAGUUUUUCUUAAAGCCUCUGGCUGGUAUCUUGAAAAGGGGUAUUAUAGUCAAUCGUACUAGUGUGUUCAUGUGGGGUUUUUACUGUUGUCAAGUGACAGUGUUUGGGCGAGAACUAGAGGUGGUCUAGUAUGUACUUGUUGAGACUUUUAUCUUUUUGUUAGAAGUUGUUUACUUGAGACAAAUUGUGGAAAUAGAACAAUGUGUCUUGUUGGUUUAUAUCUUGGCGCUGCCUGGUCAAAAUACGGAACUUGUUGAUUUUAUUGGCUGAUAAUGAAAAAAAAAACUGUUAUGAAUUUUAAAUGGCAGUGCUGGUCACAGAGAAUUAAGGGGUGGCGUUGACAACAUUUUUAGGAAAAACAAAAAGAAUUGAGAUGUCUUUUAUAUAUACAGAGCUUGGUUUUGUUAAUAACAAAAGCAUGUAUUUGUGUUAUAUUGUAUAGAAAAUAUACUUCACACCAGACUA